CCCUGAAUGGCCAGUCAUCAUCAUCCUAUGGAAACCCAUCCUGCCGUGUCCGGACAGAGUGGAUGGACAGGACCCUUCCGGGGAGAGGACGGGAGAUGAUCGAUGAUGCACCCCAUUGGGUGAACAGGGCGGGAGGUCUUUGAGGAUCCCACUCGGAGGUGACCCCCUGGAUAUACGUUGCUGGAGAACGAAGCAGCUAACCACGGGAUUGGAUGGAUGGUAGGACAGGGCCCCUGUAACGGGACACUUUGGUCCAAUCAGUUGGGGCAGUUCACGGGAUGUGAUCAGAUUGUACAGGUGUGACGUCAUCCUGAAGGAAUUGUCCUGAAAGUGCGGUCCCGGGGAGUCCAGGACUUCAUCGACCUCCUGGAAGUUCUAUACAUAGUCUGUCACAGGGUCUGGUGCGGAUGUUGUGGUGUCAGGGAGAAUGAUGGUCCCAGUCAUGGAGGCCAUGACACUCGGAUGAUCUGACUGUUGGAUGGGAUGUCACAUGAGGGGGACAUGGCCGCCGUCUGCAGCAUCACCGAACAAGAUGUCUUCUCCAUGGCCUCACAGGUGGCGAGCGGACUGGAAUAUCUGUCCGUGACGCACAGUCUGGUACACGGGUACGUGGCAGCAUGUAACGUCCUCAUCCACGAGGAUCUGAGCGUCCGGCUGUGUGGACUGGGCCUGGCCAGUAUACAGCACCGGACCGGAUCCAUCCCGGCCAGGAGAGCCGCCCGCGUUCCUGGAAAAUGGCAAUCGCCAGAACGGCUGAGAGAGCCGAGUGUCACCGAGAAGAGCGACGUGUGGUCGUUCGGCAUCUUACUGUAUGAGAUGGUGACUCUAGGCGCCCCGCCUUACCCUGACGUGGAUCCUGCAAAGAUUCUAAAGACUCUGAAAAGGAAUUACAGAAUGAAGAAACCUCAGCAAUGUGGAGAGCGACUGUAUGAUGUCAUGACCAGUUGUUGGCAGUGGGAGGCGCCAAAGCGGCCGUGCUUCACCGAACUACUGAAACAGCUGCAGAACUCCUCCACCGAGGCCAAUGGAAGUACUCCGCUCCAAGCCACUGACACCCUGGAUUGGGCUGAAUACCUACAUGUGGCUGGGAUCCCGUCCUGA